AUGGAUUCGGCGCCAGCUCAGGAGGUUACGGAGCUCCUAAGACAAUGGGAAGAACAACAUGCUACACCCAAUUAUGACCCCAUACCGACACUUACCAGGAUAGCAGAGAUAAUAGAGGCGGAGACAGAGAAUUUUAUGAAAAAGGAUCCUGAUCCAUUCGACGAGCGACCGCCCUCGCGCACAGACCCUGAAUGCGCCCUCGGUCAAGCGCUGAAGGUCAUGUUCAAAAAGGACAACUUCAUGACCAAGCUCGUCAACGACUACGUGCGCGACACGUACUACUCGCGGCAGAACAUAACGGGGCGCGACGUGUACAAGCUGAACGUGGCAGCCUGCCGGCUCACGCUUGACCUCAUGCCGGGGCUCGAGAUGAGCGUCGUCUUCCAGGACAACGAGUCGCUCAUCCAGCGGCUAGUGAGUUGGGCGACAAAGUCACCGGAGCCGCUGCAGUGCUAUGCAACGGGGCUUGUCGCUGCAGCGAUGGAGGUGCAGGAGAUAGCCGCAAAUUUCAGAGAUCUAAAUGCGAUGCUAGUCCCACUGAUGCUACGGAGGCUACACGAGUUAAGGAAUAAGUCACAGGAGGACAAGCAAAGCUGUCAGAACGCGGUGACGCCGCCUAACCAGACGCGUCAUUUCGCGCGCUUCGACAAGAAGCGAAACAACGACGUCAAAUGCAACGGGCCCGUUGUGGAGAAGAAAGAUCGGGAGAAAGACGACGGCGGAGGGAGCGAGCUGCUGGUGGACGAGACGCCUCCACACGCCAGCAAGGACCCAGAGACACCGGUCAAGAACUACAAUUCCAGCGUCCGUUCGCCGGAGCAGUGGGGGUUGAUGUCGCCGCCGGCGCGGCCACCGCCCCCCGCCCAGCCGCCACUCUCGCACGACCCCUCCUCCAACUCCAGCUGGGCGGAAAUGGAGACCUACGUCAUUGGAAACAUACAAAUCCACCCGCCAACAGAUGCUACUAAACAGAUGCUCAUACUACGAUACCUGACACCGAUGGGAGAGUACCAAGAGUUCCUGUCGCACGUGUUCGAGCAGAACGCCCUGGGCCUGAUCCUGGGCUACCUGAACGUGCGCGAGUCCAGGGACUCGAGGCUGGCCUUCGAGGCCCUAAAGUACCUCGCUGCGCUCCUCUGCCACAAGAAGUUCUCGAUAGACUUCAUCAACAUGGGCGGUUUGCAGAAGUUUCUGGAGGUGCCUCGACCGUCCGUCGCCGCGACGGGCGUCUCGAUCUGCCUGUACUACCUCGCCUACUGCGAGGACGCGAUGGAGAGGGUCUGCCUUCUGCCGCGCGCAACGCUCGCCGAUCUAGUCAAGUACGCCCUGUGGCUGCUGGAGUGCUCCCACGACUCGGGCCGCUGCCACGCGACCAUGUUCUUCGGCCUCUCGUUCCAGUUCCGCGUCAUCCUCGAGGAGUUCGACCACCAGGACGGGCUGCGCAAGCUGUACAACGUGAUCUCGACGCUCCCUAUCCUCGGCUCCGACGACGAGGAGUCGCGCGUGUCCGAGGACGAGACGUGCGCCGCGCGCCAGAUCGUGCGCCACGUGUGCGUCGCGCUGCGCAGGUACUUGGAGGCGCACUUGAGGCUGAGGGCCGCUCAGGUGGCGAGGCAGCAGGGCGACAAUGUUCCCGAACCUCCGCCCUACAAGGCGUCGAAGUCCUCGCCGGAGGAGAUCCAGGAGCAGAUCGAGCUGCUGCAGAGCGUGGCCUGGUCCCGCUGGGCGCCGGUGGACGAGCUGCUGGAGCUGGGCGGCGUGGCGCUGCUGCUCCAGGUGGUCGGCUACGCGUACGAGUGGAACUUUAACGGCAGAGCGGAGACCGUUCGCUCGGCUCUGGACGUGAUAUCGGUGUGCUGCGUCGCCCCGAAGGUGCAGUUGCUGCUCACCGAGAAGAUCGACAUGCGGGACGCGGAUCUCACAACUGGAGUCAACAUCGUGCUGGGCGCCGCCGACGGCGAGAUAGUGCCGGAGCCAGAGGUGCAGAAGGCCGCCCUCAACGUGCUCGUCAACUGCGUCUGCGCGCCAGUUCACAGGGCGGGCACCUCGACCACUCGCUUCUCCAUGACCGGCUCCAGCAAGAAGAAGACCACGCUGAAAUCGUGCGAGGACGUGAUACAGAAAGUGUGGGAGAGCGUUCGCACGAACAACGGAAUUAUGGUGCUGCUUUCGCUGAUGCUGGUGAAGGCGCCCAUAACGGACGCCGACCGGCUGCGGGGCCUGGCGUGCCGCGCUCUGGCCGGCCUGGCCCGAUGCCCCACCGUGCGGCAGAUCAUCUCCAAGCUGCCGCUCUUCACCACAUCGCAGAUACAGUCGUUGAUGCGUGACCCCAUCCUACAGGAGAAGAGGCAGGAGCACGUGAUGUUCCAGAAGUACGCUCUGGAGCUGCUGGAACGAGUCUCGGGGAAGAGCAAGCAUAUGGGCACUGAGUUCGAGACGUCGCUGGCGAACAUACAUCGGGCGAACGUGGUGGCGCAGACGCGCAUCAACUACAACGAGCGGCAGCUGCUGCAGCUGCACGCGACUGUACCUACCCGCCUACACGCCCUCCACGCCCGUCAGGGUGAGUGUGCCGUUCUGAGUGUGUGCACGCGACUGUACCCGCCGGUGGUUUACACGCCCGUCAGCACGCGACUGUACCUACCCGCCUACACGCCCUCCACGCCCGUCAGGUCCCGGCUCUCCGUGUCCCGCACGUCCAGCACCCCCCACCACCGCGACAGCGCCGAUCACAACCACCACAACAUGACCAUCGACAACGACAGCCCCUUACCGCCAGUGAUAAAACUAAGGAAGGUGCAGAGCGUGUCGUCGAGCGCGCCGCCGGCCGAGCACAAGCGCUCGCUGCAGAAGCAGCUGAGCGCUUGCGGCGGCGAGCGCGCCCCCUCCCCGCCCCGCGUCACCCUCCACUCGAUCAUCACCGAGUACCUGUACAACCAGCACGCGCUAUGCAAGAACCCCGUCGUCACCUGCCCCCAGUUCAACCUGUUCGAGCCGCACAAGUGCCCCGAGCCGGCGUCGCUGGGCGCGCUGUCGGCGUUCGCCGCGCGCGGGCCCGAGGCGCACAAUGUGUGCGCGCGCGUCGUGCGCCGCGAGCUGGGCGCGCCGCCGCUGCGCCGCGCGCACUCGCGCCUCAUACACGCGCACUUCGCGCCCGUGCGCACGCUCCGGCUGCAGGACGACGACGCGUUCUUCACGCACACGAUAUUCCACCCGACGCAGCAGCAACUCCUGGCUGCCACCUCCUCAGGCGACAUCAGGAUAUUCAACCUGUUCAGCGGCGCCGAGGAGAGCUCGUACCAAGUGCACGAGUCAUAUAUAUACCAUAUGCAAGCCAGUAGAGACGGUCUUCUGCUGCUCGCUUCUGCCACCACCACGUGGCGACCGCUCUCCGCGCUCUGGAAUAUGAAGGAGUUUGAACAGCUUUUCCAGCUGGACAACGAGGAGUACGUGGAGUUCUCGAAGAUGUCGGACGAGCGCAUCAUCGGCACCAAGGGCGAGACGGCGACCGUGUUCGACACGCGCACCGGCCGCGAGCUGAUGACCCUGACGCCGGCCAUCAGCAACCAGUACGCCAAGAACCGCGCCACCUUCAACCCCACCGACGAGCUGGUGCUGUCAGAUGGAGUUCUAUGGGACGUCAACACCGGAAAGGAGAUACACAAAUUCGACAAGCUCAACCAGACGCACAGCGGCGUGUUCCACCCCAACGGCUUAGAGGUGAUCUCGAACACGGAGGUGUGGGACCUGAGGACGUUCCAUCUGCUGCGGACGGUCCCGACCCUGGACAAGUCAGAGGUGAUCUUCAACCCUACCUGCACGGCGCUGUACGCUGUCUGCUCCGACCAGGACUCGGAGGAGAGGAGCCAAUUCGACACCAGCUUCAAGACAUUGGACCCCUACGACUACUCCAGUAUAGCGACGAUCGACGUGAAGCGCAACAUCUACUCGCUGGGCGUGUCUCGCUACGGCACCCAGAUAUCGCUGGUGGAGAACAUGGGCGACUUCGAGCAGGUGCAGGAGUCGUGCGUGAAGCUCUACGAUGUGGGCAGGAAGAGGGACCACGACGACGACGCGGAGGAAGACGAUGAAGAGGAGAUGGCAGGUGGCUCCGAGAACGAUGACGGCUCCGACUCCGGGUCCGACAACGACGACGACCUGGCUACGAGCCUGCUACGCAAUGCAGUGAUGGGAUUGGGAGAGGGCGGCAGCUCAGGCGACGAAUCGGCCGAGGAGGCGGAGGAGGUGCGCCCCAGGAGGGGCGUCAGGACACGCAGACGGGCCGGCAACAGCACCGACAGCGACGGCGACCUAGACAUAAUAGAGUUCGACCUAGAC